UCGGAUUGAUAAACAGCCAUUCUCUGGCUAUACACUUUGAUCUAUGGCAGUAACGUUACCCAUACGUGCUCUGCGUGAGGACGUAGCAGGAAGAAGUUAGUGGGUGUUUUGGGCUUUCAUUGUCACUGGAGAGUAGCGAAGAGCAGGAGAAGCUUGGUGGAGGUGGUUGACAACAAGGAGAAAGUUAUAUAGAGCACGAAAGCACCACUGAAAAUAUGUCUGGGGAUGACGAUCCGCAAGAACAGACCAUCGCUGAUGACUUGGUCGUCACCAAGUACAAAAUGGGGGCUGAAAUUGCCAAUCAGGCUAUGAAGGCAGUGGUCGAUGCAGCCAAAGAAGGAGUCUCUGUUAUCAACUUGUGUCAGAAGGGAGAUGUGUUCAUCAUGGCUGAAACUGGAAAAGUUUUCAAGAAGGAGAAGGAUAUGAAGAAAGGAAUUGCGUUCCCAACCAGUGUCUCCGUCAAUAAUUGCGUCUGUCACCACUCCCCUCUUAAGAGUGACCCAGAUGUCACACUCAAGAAUGGGGACCUUGUCAAAAUUGACCUGGGAGUGCAUGUGGACGGCUUCAUCUCGAAUGUGGCACAUUGCUUUGUUGUUGGAGUGACCAAGGAGGCCCCGUUGACUGGGCGUAAAGCUGACGUGAUUAAGGCUGCACACUUGUGUGCCGAGGCAGCCCUACGUCUAGUCAAACCUGGGAACCAGAACUCUCAGGUCACAGAAGCUUGGAACAAGAUCGCCAAGUCAUUCAAGUGCACACCAAUAGAGGGUAUGUUGUCCCAUCAGUUGAAGCAGCACAUUAUCGAUGGAGAGAAGACCAUUAUUCAGAACCCUACAGACCAGCAGAGGAAGGACCAUGAGAAAGCAGAGUUUGAGGUGCAUGAGGUCUAUGCAGUGGAUGUGCUCAUAAGCACUGGAGAGGGAAAGGCCAAAGAUGCAGGACAGAGGACCACAAUUUACAAGCGGGACCCCAGCAAGCAGUAUGGGCUGAAGAUGAAGACGUCCAGGAUGUUCUUCAGCGAGGUGGAGAGGCGCUUUGAUACCAUGCCCUUUACUCUCAGGGCAUUUGAGGAUGAGGGCAAGGCCAGACUGGGUGUAGUGGAGUGUGCCAAACAUGAACUGCUUCAGCCCUUCAAUGUGCUGCAUGAAAAGGAAGGCGAGUUUGUGGCCCAGUUCAAGUUUACUGUGCUCCUCAUGGCCAACGGACCCUUGAGAAUUACAAACAGCCUGUUUGAACCAGAGUUGUUCAAGUCUGAGCAUGAGGUGGAGGAUCCAGAGGUUAUGGCUUUGCUUCAAAGCUCAGCAAGUCGCAAGACGCAGAAGAAAAAGAAAAAGAAGGCCUCAAAGACAGUAGAGAAUGCAACUGGACAGCCUUUGGAGGUAGCUGAAACUGGAGCUGCAGAAUAACCCUCCACCCCUGCUUAUCUCCAUCUACAGCCGCCUUGUCUAUGAGAAUACUGACAAGACAUCUGACAACCUAAAGAACCAGAAUCAAGAAUCAGAAUCAAGAAUACCCACCCCCAGAAGCGCAGCUUACUGACACAGCAUUUGCCAAUAUUUCCACUUCGAUGUCAGCCUGGGAAGCUGCUGCUCAUCAAUUCAAGAUGAACGGUCACGUAUCUCAACCCCCACCCCUUCAAUAUCUGUCUGUUGUUCACAGACCGGCCUUUUCCUCAGAAUAGUAACCUCCUGUCUAGUCUCAGAAGAUAUACUUGAAUGCUAGGGCUUUUGCUGAUAAUAGAAGACGUUGACAACUGUCUUCAGGCCUCCCUUUGUCCUUAAUGUUUUGCUUUGAACUGGAAUAAUAAUGGCAGCGUGACAGGAUAAUGUCUUUGUUGUGCCAAUGAUAAUUUUGGAAGACACCCACUUGGCACUAAACAUGAUGCCAUCAUCCUCGAAUUUAAUGUUUAUUGGUAUUUAUUGAAUAACUCCCAUUUUCAGCACUCUGAAACAGAGAUAUAAAUUUAUAUUGUUAUUAAUGAUAGUAUUUGAAAGCAGAACAGGUUUGAGGUUGCUUUGUAGUCACAUAUGCAAGGCAAGCUAAAGUGUUUAAUUGUAAUGCUAAUUUCCACAAGUCAAAUGGAAGUUCAACUGUAAUAUUUUGUUUGUGUGGAUGGUUUCGGUUGAUGCCCUAUGGAGCUAUAGUCCACUGGUUCUCCCACAGCCCCUUCUGUCAAGUUUCACAGUCAGUGUUUACAUACAAUUUCACAAAUUAAUACCUGAUGCUUGCUUUUUUUGUAAUACAAAUCCUGUUUCAGAGACUAUUUUUAAGAAACAUUAAAAAGCCAGCUUGAUGUC